AUGCAUUGUAGCUCGGGCGUUGCGGGGAGAACGCGUUCUAGAAAAGCCCCAUUCGACAAACAACAAAACUCGCAUAAUGUGAAAAAACAGAGCAACGUUGACCACAAAUGGGACGACGAGGUUGUUGAUCUCAGUUUCGACGACGACAACGAUGUCAUUGUUUUUGAUGAAACUGAACAGGAGAGCGAAACUAGUCACAGCGAAAGCGAAACUAGUUACAGCGAAAGCGAAAUUAGUGACAGCGAAAGCGAGUAUUCGGAUGAAGAGGUGUACGAAGCGAUAAACGAUGAUGUUGAAAGAAGAAGAAGCAUGGGCAGGGCGAAAAGGGAAACGAACGCGAAAAUGAUUGAUUUUGGAGUGUGGAGGAGGAAAGCUUACGGUUUGGAUUUAUUGAUAGAUGAGAAUGCGAGAGAUGAGUGUAGUUCUUCAGCACAGAGGACCCGUUCUCAUUUUCUCAGGAACAAGAAAUUGAAGAUGGGGACUUUUAGUCAACCUAUUUGUCUCGAUGAAGAGGAUGAAGAGGAACAGUCUCUCACUGACACUACUGUUGAACCUGAUUUGGGUGAAACAAAUAUUUAUGAGUUAAGUGUGCGCAAAGUGCAUAAGAAAGGGAAGAUGGGGAAACUUUCUAGGAAAAAACACAUUCAUGAUUCACUAGAUUUUCAUGUGUUUGAGACUCUUCAGGAUUGUAUUAAUGGGAAGGUAAUAGGCCAGGAACCUAAAACAAAUAUGGAUUUUCCACCCAAGUUUACUUUUAUAGGUGAUGAGGAUGAAGAGCAACCAACACCGGAGAAAUCGGAGAUAUCAGAGAGAUCAAAGAUUGAGAAGGAAUUAGAUGAAAUUUGGGAUGAGAUGGCCUCUUGUCUUAAUGCUAGCCAAGAUAAUUCUGGUGGUUUUGUUGAAGAAAAAUCUAGUGGCUGUAAGAGGGAUUGGCUUAAAGAGGGAAGUGUUUUUGUUGAAAAAAAAUCAAGUGGUUGCAAGAGGGAUUGGCUUGAAGAGGAAGGGGGUUUUGUCGAAAAAAAAUCUAGUGGUCACAAGAGGGAAGGCUAUGCAUUCCCGAAGAAGAAACAGGUCCAUGAUAUAGAAGAUUUUGGUGUUAUUAACAUUCUUCAGGAUUCUAUUUAUGGUAAGGGAGAGGUGCCUGUGGAGGCUAACGAUGAUGAACUGAAUCCAAAAAUAGAUUUACCACCAUUGAAAUUUACUUUUCUAACUGAGGAGCCACAGCCAGUGGAGAAGUCAGAAUACGAGAAAGAAUUAGAUGCACUUUGGAUUGAGAUGGACUAUUGUCUCAAUGCUACCCAACACAACUCUAUUCCUCCUUCUCAGGUUCAAGAUAAUAUUGAUUUUGAUCAUGAUCAAUAUCCAUUGGAUAAAGUUACAACAGCUACUCUUUGUCGUCAAGGGAAGCAUCAUCUCAUUCUUAAUGAGGAAAUUGGACUUUUAUGUGCAUAUUGCCCACAUGUCCAAUUGGAGAUUAAGUAUAUUUUACCUCCCUUGUGUGAAAAUCCAUAUGGAAAAUCAAACAGGAGAGACUAUUGCACUUUCGACCCUAUGGACCAGUCUGUCUUCGAUGAGCUCCGGCAUGGAAUUGUUGGACAUGAUGAUUAUAAUCUCUGUGAUUACGCUGGGACAGUGUGGGAUAUAAUUCCUGGAGUGAAAAAGACAAUGUAUCCUCAUCAGUGUGAUGCUUUCGAGUUUCUCUGGAGUAAUUUAGCUGGUGGAAUUUUUCUUGAUAAGUUGAAAAAACAGAAGGAUUUUCCUGGUGCGAGUGGAUGCAUUAUAUCUCAUGCUCCUGGGACAGGGAAAACCCGUCUUACCAUUGUAUUUCUUCAGACAUACAUGGAGUUAUAUCCAACGUGCAGACCAAUGAUUAUUGCUCCUAAAGGGAUGCUUCUUACAUGGGAAGAGGAGUUCAAAACUUGGAAGGUUGACAUUCCCUUUCAUAAUUUGAACAAUUCUGACUACUCUGGCAAGGAGAGUGAGGAAGCUAUGAAUCUUGUUAGGAAUUCUUGUCGUAAUGUCUCAACCAAAUUAGCUAAGUUGUAUUGUCGUGUCGCUAAGUUGUAUUCUUGGAAGUGUAACAAAUCCAUCUUGGGAAUUAGUUACAAACUGUUUGAGCAACUUACUAGUCAGAGCUCCAAUGACAAGGAGUUGAGGAAAGUCCUUCUUGAACAUCCUGGUUUAUUGGUUCUUGACGAGGGUCACACUCCUCGUAAUUCCCAUAGUCUUAUAUGGAAAUCCGUCUCAGAAAUCCAGACAAAAAGACGCAUCAUCCUCUCUGGAACUCCCUUUCAGAAUAAUUUUGAUGAGCUAUACAACACACUUUGCUUGGCGAGGCCUAAGUUUGCUGAACGGAAUCUAUCCGGAGGAGGCAAUGUGGUAUUUGAUGACAAGCGGGGGAAUCCAAGAAACGAAAGCAAAGGGAAAUGGGUGCAUUUGACCACUUCAUAUGGAAAAGUUUCUGAUGAUAAUGGAAGAUUUGAGAUAUUGAAAGAGAUCAGAGACAUGAUUAGUCCUUUUGUUCAUGUACACAAGGGAACCAUACUACAAGAGAGACUACCUGGGUUGAGGAAGUUAGUAGUUUUUUUAAAGCCUACACAGUUGCAGAAGGAAAUUUUUGAGGAUAUUCAGAAAAAAAGGACAAGCCUUGCUCAGGGAAAGAUAUACUUGAAUGUGCUGAAACUAGAAUAUGAGGAGUCUGUAGCUGCUGUUCAUCCCGCGCUCUUCAGUCUAUCCGAAGGCAAGGAGAAGUUCCAACGGUUUAGAUUGAAUCCUGAGGAAGGUGUCAAAACGAAAUUCUUAAUGGAACUUAUCAGACUUUGUGGGCUUGUGAAUGAAAAAGUUUUGGUUUUUAGCCAAUAUAUUGAUCCUUUGAAUCUUCUGGCAAGCCAGCUUAAAUAUCAUUUUGGUUGGAAUCAAGGACGAGAGGUGCUAAUAAUACAUGGAAAAGUUGAAGUAAAGCUGCGUCAAGCUUCAAUAAAAGCUUUUAACGAUCCCAGUAGCAAUGUAAGGGUGAUGCUAGCAUCAACAAAGGCUUGUUAUGAAGGUAUCAGUUUGGUUGGUGCCUCAAGGGUUGUUUUACUUGAUGUUGUAUGGAAUCCCUCAGUGGAGAGGCAAGCAAUAAGUCGUGCUUAUCGACUUGGGCAGAAGAAAUUCGUGUACACUUAUCAUCUCAUCACAGCAGGGACAAUGGAUGAGGACAAAUGUUGUCGUCAAGCUGAGAAAGAUCAGUUAUCAGAGUUGGUGUUCUUUAAUUCCCAUGGUGAUGGUGCUCAAAAAUUCUCAUCCCUAGAAUUAGAAGAUCGAAUCUUGGAAGACAUGGUUCAACACGAAAAGUUUCAACAUAUAUUUGAAAGAGUAGCUAUUAACCAUUAA